GUUCUAACGUCGAAAAUGGCUGACAACUGGGAGUUGCUGUUCUGGCCUUGUGUCGGGAGGGGUGAAUUCGUGCGAGUAAUAUUUUAGGAGGCUGGGGUUGAAUUCAAAGAUACCGAUGAUAGGCAGGUUGUAACCGAAAAGGUGAAGGAGGGUAAACUAGGAGGAUUCCCGGUGAUGUUUCCACCUGUUAUAUGUAAUGGCGAUUUCCAUCUUUCUCAAACACCCACUAUAUGCAAAUACCUGGGCAAGAAGUUUGGGUUGUACCCUGAUAAUGAGGUAGACGAGUGGCAUGCUGAUCAGAUCAACACAACAAUUCACGACUACAUUGCGGAAGGAAGACUGUGUUUCCAUGGUAUCAACCCUACCAUGACCUAUUACAACCAGAUUGAAGAAACUAAACCGUACAUUGAACGAUUUGUCGCCGAGAGAAUUCCAAAAUGGCUCCAGCAUUUCGAAGAUGUUCUUCUGGCUAACAACGGAGGAAAGGGCUUCAUUUUUGGGAACAACUUGACUUAUGUGGACCUGGGCUUAAUGCACGCUUUGAGGGCCACAGAAUCUCAGUUUCCAGACGCUUGGAAUAAUGCCGACUACAUACCAACUUUGAAGAGUUUCAAGGACAGAAUGUGUUCCCGGCCACGAUUGGCUGCUUAUUUUAAAUCGGACAAAUGUCGGGCUUUCGAAGGCAAUAGUAUGAUGUAAAUUGUCACAGAAAAUCAUCCUGUCAGUGUCAUGUUUUGACAGUUUAGAUGUGUGUUCGAUGUUUAUAUAAUUUAUUUUAAUUUCUUAUCAAGAACAAUGGGUGCAUCAGUCUUAAAAACUGCUUUCCGGGGAUAUAAAUAAAAACAAAUGGACAGAACCAGACCAAAAUUCGACAGCUCAGUUUACACCUAGGGAGGAUUCCAUAAACAGACAGCAACCAUCACCUGUCGUGUGCCUAUACUUCCUCUUACCUGCCAUAACAUGUUCCCACUGUUGGACAUAUUUACUAUCGAUCGUAUCUUGAUGUAUUAUUUACACAUAAGACUUUCAAUUAAAACAAAUAAACACGG